UGGAAGGCGGGCACAGAGCCAUCUUCUUUAAUCUGAUCGGCGGCGUGCAGCAGGACACCAUCCUGGCCGAGGGCCUGCACUUCAGGAUCCCCUGGUUCCAGUACCCCAUAAUCUAUGACAUCCGGGCCAGACCCCGAAAAAUCUCCUCCCCCACAGGCUCCAAAGACCUGCAGAUGGUGAACAUCUCCCUGCGCGUGCUGUCUCGGCCCAACGCCCAGGAGCUCCCCAGCAUGUACCAGCGCCUGGGGCUGGACUACGAGGAGCGGGUGUUGCCGUCCAUCGUCAACGAGGUGCUCAAGAGCGUAGUGGCCAAGUUCAACGCCUCCCAGCUGAUCACCCAGCGGGCCCAGGUGUCCCUGCUGAUCCGACGGGAGCUGACGGAGAGAGCCAAGGACUUCAGCCUCAUCCUGGACGACGUGGCCAUCACAGAGCUGAGCUUCAGCCGUGAGUACACAGCCGCCGUAGAGGCCAAGCAAGUGGCUCAGCAGGAGGCCCAGCGGGCCCAGUUCUUGGUGGAAAAAGCCAAGCAGGAACAGCGGCAGAAGAUCGUGCAGGCCGAGGGCGAGGCUGAGGCGGCCAAGAUGUUGGGGGAAGCACUGAGCAAGAACCCUGGUUACAUCAAGCUGCGCAAGAUCCGGGCCGCCCAGAACAUCUCCAAGACGAUCGCCACGUCGCAGAAUCGCAUCUAUCUCACCGCUGACAACCUGGUUCUGAACCUACAGGAUGAAAGUUUCACCCGGGGAAGUGACAGCCUCAUCAAGGGUAAGAAGUGAGCCUGGUAACCAGGAACUGUACCCCCAGAGGACGUGGGUCUGCUCCUCGGUGUGGGUGUCAGCUAGGGGUCCAGCGCCCCCACCCCGCCCCAGUGUCACGUGACGGUCCUUCUCCGCCUGUCCUUGCAACCCUCCUCGGAUUAAGGAAGACAGAAGACCCCCCUUUUUCAGGAGAACGACUUUGCUCCCAUGUUGGCCAGGGGCGUUGGGACAGUGUGAUUUCUCAGUGAUUCCUACAUGUUAUUCCCUCCCUUGAGGUUGGGAGGAGAUAACCUUAUCCCAGGAAUUCUCAAUAAAUUUUUAUUACUGCUUA